GAACUGGGCGCAGUGUACCGCGAAACGCAGAUUCAUCUUCGUGAGGUUUGAAUUUUUACCUUUCACGCCUACUUUCUUAACGUCCGAUUCACAAUGAGCAAAGCACAUCAGCCGGAACUGAAGAAGUACCUCGACAAGCGACUCCGACUCAGGCUAAACGCUAAUCGAGAGGUUAUUGGUAUUUUACGCGGAUAUGAUGCUUUCAUGAAUAUCGUGCUUAGUGAUGCCUAUGAAGUUGCCAAGAAUGGAGAUCAAGUGAAAAUUGAUAUGGCAGUUGUCCGUGGGAACAGCAUCAAUAUUGUAGAAGGCGUUGAUCGUAUUUAAAUAAUUAUGUAUAUAUGGAUUUAUUUUAAUAAAUGCUUUAAUUCUUAUUUGUGUAAUUUUGUCCCAUUUUUAAAGUUAUUCAAUGAUGGUGGAUU